AUGCUCAUCGAUAAAGGUGCCAAUGUGAACUCGAAUAAUGGCGUAUCAUCGCCGCUGUCACUUGCGUCAGGCCGUGGGCAUUCGCGAAUAGUCAGACUGCUUUUGAGAGCUGGCGCAUCUCCCGAGUUCAUCACACCAGGAAAGAUAACUCCCUUGUUCCUCGCAGCUAUAUCAAACAGUUCCUCCGCCGCAGCCGCGGUUGAAGCUCUCCUUAACCACGGGGCCAAUAUACAAGCUACAGACGAAGACGGCAAGACGGUGCUGUCUUACACCCUCAGGCAGCAAGGAAGGCUCCGGAUAUUUGACCUGCUCGUCUCAAGAGGAGCCAAUCUCGAUGUUAGAGACAACCUCGGACGAACUCUGCUCAUGGAAGCGGCGGCUAGUGGCCAAAGUCUCUGUAUAGAACUCUUGAUCCAGAGUGGCCUUGAUGUCAACGACCGAGACAACUCUGGCAUGACGGCGCUGCAUCAUGCCGUGAUGAACGAUGCGGUGGAUUCGAUUCUGCCGCUGCUACGGCGCGGUGCCGACCCUGAAGCAAAAGAUCACCAUGGACUCUCGGUGUUUGAGCGGGCGAGAUGGCAAGGUAACACUGAUAUACUGAUAGGGGCUGAGCGUGAGCUGGAGUCGAGGAGAUUUUGA